AUGUCAACUACAGUCACAAAUACAGGGCGACUCAGGGAUCUUCAUACAUCAAUUCGAGACAAAGUCGGUCAAGUGAAAGCAAAUCAACGGCAGUGUGAACGACUUGUCAAUCGUAUUGAUCAGAUAAUCGAUUCUGUUGAACGUCUCGAAAAGGCGUCUGGCUCCGUCGUUCGGCCCGAAUCACAUACUCUUCUCAGCGGCCUUCUCUCUUGUAUUGACAACUGUAAUCGCUUAAUCGAAAAAUUCACGACAAAUACCUGGUACAAAAAAGUUUAUGAAAAUCAAACGGACAGAGUUGAAUUUGAACAACUGAAUAGGCAACUGUCAAAUUAUGCCCUAGAUCUUAGUUUGGGUUUAAAUAUUCAACAAUUAUUUGACCGAAACCAAGACCAAGAAGAUUUGAAAGAAGAUUUAUCCGAUAUAAGUCGAAAAUUGGACACGAUUGCAAAACAAAUGUUGGAUGAACAACAACAGCAAAACAAACGCAUGAACCAAAUGAUUGAACAGCGAUUUCAAUCGUUCAGAUCCCAUCUCACGCAGAGUUUAGAAGCACAAAGGCGAAGUGAUUACGCCCGAACGAUCAGAAUUGAAAGGGAACGAUUUCUACACAUUCCACUCAACGAUCUGUUGAUAGAAAACAAACUCGGCUCUGGCGGAUUUGCCGAUGUCCAUCGAGGCCUAUGGCUCACACAUCAUGACACUGUUGCCAUCAAGAUAAUUCGAAUGAAUCAUUUAGACGAGAAGAGCCCAAUGAGAGAAGAUUUCUACCGAGAAAUUUCGACAAUGUAUCGAAUUCGCUAUGAGAAUGUGAUCAAUGUGAUUGGCGCCUGUGUCGAGCCGAAUUUCUAUGCUAUUAUUCUCGAAUACAUGGGAUUAGGCUCCCUUUAUGACAUUCUUCACCGCCGACAACAGCAGGAUGACAGAGUGAUCAAGUUUACAUGGCCCGAUCGAUGGUCAAUUGCCCUGCAAAUGGCGAAGGGCAUCAAUUAUUUGCAUCGAUUAACACCCCCGAUUAUCCAUCGAGAUGUUAAAUCAAUGAACUUCCUCUUUAAGCAGGACGGACACGACAAAUUUAUUGUCAAAGUCAGUGAUUUUGGCCUGGCUGAAAUUCGACGAGAGAGUUGGUUGCAGUCAACAACAUCAGCGUCGUUACAAAUCCCAUCUGAUAUUGUCGGCUCUAUAAGUUGGAAAGCACCGGAAUUGUUCAAUCGUCAUGGCACGCAUACGAAAGAGAGCGACAUUUACAGUCUGGGAAUAGUGUUUUGGGAAUUGGCAACCGGCCGAAAGCCGUAUGACGAUUAUGCCGACGAAACAGUUAUUCCUUACAAUGUGACGACGAAGGGAGAAAGACCGGAUUUAACAACAACCACGAUCGACAACGAAUUUCAGCUGUUGAUCACAUCGGCAUGGGCACAAGAUCAUCAUCAACGACCAACAUGUUUGCAGCUGAUCGAACGGAUAAACAAAAUUUUAAGUUCAAAGUACGAGGAGAAUAACACUGACGAAACUGGUUUGCCGUCGUCCAACGAGAACCUAACGGCUGAAAAUGAGAACAGCAUACCGCAUAAUGUAGCCAUUGAUCUUCAUCAGUCCGCAACGUCAACAACCGUUUCGAUAAGUGACAGUUCCUUUGGCUCCACACUUUCAUCCACUAGUACAAAAACAGCUAUCCAAGUGGACGAACAAGAACUUCGAAAUACCUUCUUCGACAGCGCAAAUACAACUAUAAGAACGCAAGCCCAACCGGAACAAGAAAGAGAUGAAGUAGAAGAAAUGUUAACACCGCCAACGAUUGAAGACAGCACUAGUCAACCUGCUGAGAAGGUAGAGACACCAAUGACUCAGAUCGAAGUAAAAACAUCCACAAAGUCCGACGAACCUUGUUUAACUGCCGACAGUUCGUAUAUCCCUUUGCAACGCUCUUUGUCGAAAUCCGAAAGCAAUUUAGAAACAGCAAACUUUGAAACAGCAACAACGAAUGGGUCAUUCGGGCUCAGUCUGCCAAAAGAACGCGUGGAAAAACGUCGUCCACUACAUCAGAACAUGAUGUGGAGUAGCAAAAACAGACAAAGCCGAGUGCCCACUAGUGCUGUUCCAUUUGAUCACCGCAGAUCUGUUAGUACAGAUCCAACAUCACAUCAGUCAGUCGUGCCUGACAAAUCGGUCAGUAAUGCUUUAGAACAAGUACAACAGCAGUUACCAUCAUUAACUUAUACAAGCAUCGUUGUUGCUCCAGAGACAAUAGAGCGCCAAAAGGUUACAUCUCCAUUUGUGCCUUUAAUCAGUCCGCCAAAGCAGCAACAAGAGCAGGGGCGCCGCUCAAUUAUUGCACACAACGAAAAUGAUCGCAUUGCCUCAUCGAAGGCACCUUCGUCAUCAUCGCCAGCUGCCUCUGUCGGAACACCGUGUUUAUUUUCUGUAUCGACGGUUCUCGGGGGUGAUGGCAAAGGUAGUCGACUAGAUCAGCUUCAUUAUCCGUUUGACAUUUUUGUUACGAACAACAGCAAUGAUAUAUAUGUGGCUGACUUCUGCAAUUCACGUAUUUUGAAACUGUCUGGAUCCAAAACUAGCGUCAUUUCUGGUAGCGAAGGUUCAGAUUCUACAGUGAAUCAAUUAGAUUCACCGGUGGCGAUGUUUGCUGACGAUGAAGGAAAGGAAAUAUUUAUUAGCGAUUUCAGAAAUAAUCGAAUUCAAAAAUUUUCUCUAACUGGAGACAUGGAUAUUCAUGUUCAAACUGUCAUUGGACAAAAUGGUCGAGGUGACCAUCACGAUCAGUUUGAUCGAUGUUAUGGUUUGUUUGUUGACCAUCAACAACAAUGGAUUUAUUUGUCAGAUUACAACAAUCAUCGCGUCACAAGAUGGAGAAAUGUGAAAGAUAGUAGCCAUAGCGAGGGUGUUGUUGUUGCUGGCGGACAGGGGAGGGGCUCGUCUUCGAACCAGCUGAAUUAUCCAACAGACAUAUGUGUCGACGAAAGUGAAAAUAACCUUUUUAUUUGCGAUUAUUUCAAUCAUCGUGUCCAACGCUGGUCACUGAACGAUCGAGAAACAGGUGGAGUUACUGUUAUUGGUGGUCAUGGAGAAGGUUUCUAUUUGAAUCAGCUUAGCUAUCCAAUGUCGAUGACUCUGGACUCUUCAAAUAGGGCGCUGUAUGUUGCUGAUACUGGAAAUAAUCGAAUUAUUAAAUUGUCGCUUCGUCCCAGUUCGAACAAAGCAGUACCAACAGUAAUUCUAGGCACUAGUCUUGGUCAGGGACCAGGCCACUUAUUCCUUCCACGAAAAGUGUUCAUCGAUAAAAAUCACAGUAAUCAACUCUAUAUAGUCGACACCGGCAAUCAUCGUCUGCAAAAAUUUACUAUUCCUAGCAGAGCAUCAACGUCUGAUAGUGGUGGUAAGUAA